AGUAGGUGCAUAACAAAAUCAUUUUUGUGUAUGUGUUCUGUGCUAGAAAAACUUAAAAUGUGAAUGUAAACUAAAGAUGACAGAUGCCAUUUCACAAUAUUUUGAAGAGUUAUCUAAAAUAGUUCUUAGAAUGCACAGCAAGACCUCAGUUAGGGAUGUUCACGUUGAAUUGAAGGAAUUAUAUAAAAUUAUCCGCACAUGUCCUGUUAAAGUUGCUGAUCCUGGAUUGUUAGAAGUAGAACAGCUCAAUGUAUUUCUUUCUGUGACUAGUUUUCUAUUUUCUGUUAUCUCCAAUAAUAAUAUGACAUCAGACUUACAGCUGUUAAGUAGUACUUGUCUCAUUCUGCUGGUCACUGUUUUGUUUACUCCAGAAUUUGCAUCGUCUUUUUUUAUUUGGUCAUACAGUUUUGUUGAUGAAAAGAAGACAGGUGAAGAAAGUAAAUAUAAAGAUGAAAAAGAAAUUCAGGAAGCUGUGAAAAAUGUAUUACUCAACAGCAGUUUGCAUUUAACAGUUACAGAAUACCAGUAUUUCAGUGGAUUUGAACCCUGUGCAGCUCGUGAAAAAAUUCCAGUUUUCCCUCAAAUUGCACUUUUGCAUGGCAUUUUGUCCUGCCAGACCUUAGAAGUUUUUUCCAUCAAACUAAAAUCCUUGCAGCAACUGCCAUUUUUAAUAGUAUUAUUUAAACCUAUUUAUCUUUGUUGUAUUAAUCCAGGGGGUACUCAGUUUCAUGCUUUUAGCGCUUUGCUUAAUUGGAUGAAGAUUUGUGAAAAAUGUCUUGUCAACAAUGCCUUGGUUUUCCAAGAAAGUAGAAAUAAAUCUCAAGUAUUUUUUUCUUCUAAAACACUAUUAGUUGAGCAAAUUCUAUCAUUAUUAGAAUCCAACUGGGAAAGCCCAAUAAAAGGAAUAACUGGAUUUGUUAAAGAUAUAUAUAAAAGUCUCAUAUCUGUCUCAAAAACUGAAAGUAAGAUCUUAAAAACUAAAAAGUUUAACAUUAUUCAAUUUUUACUGGAUAAAGUGAUGACUCUAAGCUGGAAAGUCAAGGGAAAAUACUUGGUAUUGUCAGUCAUCUUGCAAUAUAUUGAUUAUUUUCAGUUCCUUGAGAAAUAUCCUGAUGCACCAUCAGUAAUUAUUCAGAAUUUGCAAACCAAUUAUGUAUCUUCCAUCAUUGGAGAAGUUUAUAAAACAGUUGUAGCAAAUAUGAUAAAUAUGAAUGAAAAUGAUGUUAUGACUACUGAAUUUUGCAAAUGGUGGAGAAAACCCAUCAUAGACUCUAUUUGCAGUAGAGAUAAGUUAUUAUCUCAAAAUGUGCGUAAUAUUAUACUUCCAUGGACAGUAAAAAAUGUUCCCAAUGCAUAUGAGUUAUUACUAGAAGAAGUGGAUAAUAGACAUAGUAUUGCUCCAAAGUUUACAUUACUACGUAUAGCAAAAGAAAUUGGGGUCUGCCAUCUUAAAGAAAAAGAAUUAAACUUUAUCUGCAAAUACCUUCACCAUCAGGAUAUUCAGCUGCGAAUGGAAAUUUUGUCAAUAUUAUGCUCAUCUCCUAAAAAAUCAG